UUAGGGAACGAAGCGACAGCAGCAGGCCGUCUACAGACAGUCGCGUUAGAACACUCCGAGAGGAUGGUUGUUCAUAGUGCGCGUUUUAGGGCCCUCCUAGGGGCCCUUGUGGUCUUCGCGCCCCUCACUCUUGCCCUUUCCAAAAAUGAUCUCUACCCAUAUGCAACCGGCUCCAACACCCUCACGAUUGAUCCCAGCGGACAGCUGGUCUCCAGCGAAGCUAUACUCAAGACCCCUAUCGUCUUCUACGACAAGGUUUACAACGCUAUUUUUGUAAAUGGAAAUGGGGUUCUAUCUUUUGGAAGGUCGAUGUCGAGGUUUUUCAACAUAGCUUUUCCACUCGAUGAUCCUGUAAUCGCACCACUUUAUACACACGUGGACACCAGGGCAUCAGGGACAAUUUACUGGAGUGAAACAAAUGCACCGGAAAUUCUAGCAAGAGCGGGUGGAACUGUUCGAAGUUCUUUUAAAAACGCUUUCCAGUUCCAGCCUACCCAUGUUUUUUUGGUGACCUGGAUAGACGUUGGAUACUACAACCAGAAAAAUGAUAAGAUUAAUACUUAUCAAGCAGCGAUUUCGUCCAAUGGGACUCACUCAUAUGUCGAAUUAUUAUAUCCGCAAGAUGGAAUUCAAUGGAUCCAAGGAGAAUCUCAUCCAAAUGGACUUCCAGACGCGAAAGCUCAAGUUGGCUUCAUGAGCGAAGGUACAAUUUAUGCUUUGCCAGGUUCGGGCACGGACCAAAUCCAAAAUAUUGACAAACUAUCCAACAUCAACAGACCUGGACACUGGAUUUUCCAAGUUGGACCCAUUCCUGAGGGGGAAAACGUUAAUAUACCUGAUAACGUUGAAAGCUCGUCAAAUCAACCAAACACUUGCAGAACUGGUGCAACAACUUGUCACAGUAAAGCUAGCUGUGUCGAUUAUGAAGCUGGAUUCUGCUGUCAAUGUAGAGAAGGCCACUUUGGAAAUGGAAAAUACUGUCAACCAACUGAUGUACCUUUGAGAGUGAUUGGCAGGAUGUCCGGAUCUAUAAACGGAGAAAGUUUCGAAGAAAAGGAUCUUCAAUGCUACGUGCAAACUAAAGAUGGAAGAACUUACACCGCCAUAUCGAGAGUACCGGAAGUUGUCGGUCCCAGCUUUCAACUACUUAUCAAUCUCGGCAGCGUUAUCGGGUGGCUCUUCGCCAAACCAAUUGGAGAAACCAAAAACGGAUUUCAACUUACAGGUGGAGUUUUUAAUCACACAGCAGAGCUUAGAUUCGCCUCAACCGGAGAGGAAAUAACAAUUCGAAGUAUCUACAUGGGCCAAGAUGUUUUUGGUCAAUUAAAAGUGGACGUGGAUGUUAAGGGAUCAAUUCCUCGUCUCGCGGACGGCGAUCGAAUUGAAUUUACUGAUUUUGAUGAACUUUUAACGAGGGUACAACAAGGAACGAUUCGAUCCAAUUCCGAAAAAUCGUACAAAUUAAUUGGAUCCUCUUCAGAAUACAAAUAUUCUCAGGAUCAAAUAUUUAGUUUUUCGGAAUGUCCCUAUGCUCCAACCCCGGAACAGGACACGACGAGGCUUAAAUUCUCGAGGGGUGUAAUUACUUAUGAAGGUAGGGAAGGUAUUAUUAGAUAUGCGAUGAACUCGAAAAUCGCCCCACUGGAGGAAGAGGAUCCUUGCAUUCAGGGAAAAUCGACAUGUGGUGAACACAGUUCUUGUGUCGUUGAUGGUGACGAAUUUAAGUGUGUCUGCAAUCCUGGUUAUCAGUACAUUUACAAAGAUGAAAAUACGGCAAUCUGUGUCGAUAUUAACGAAUGCACUGCUGGCAAUCACGUUUGUUCUCCUGACGCUCUUUGUGUCAAUAAUGAGGGUAGUCACACCUGCCAUUGUAAGCCUGGAUAUCAAGGAGACGGACGAGUUUGCGACAAAUCACCUACCUGUGAUGAAACUCGUUGUUUGGAUAACGAACAAUGUAAAAUGAUAAGUGGUCUGCCAGUAUGCACUUGCCUUCCUGGAUACGAAUCAGUUGAUCAGAUUUGCACUCCAAUUUCGCAAUCAACUUCCUGCAAUGUCGAAAACAAUUGCUCUCCAUUCGGUCUCUGCAGUUACGAUGGUAACAGGCAAAUUCACGUUUGCACUUGCCAACCAGGUUACACUGGAAAUGGAUAUGACUGCUAUCCAGACUCAGAAGAUCCCGAAAAACCACAACCACAAUGUAUGCUUGGAGUUUGUUUAUGCCCAAUUGGUUGGUCCUACCGCGACGAAGAAUGCAUAAAACAAGCUGAUAAUACUGGAAGCACUUCAUCUGAUAUAUUGGCACGUCCGCUUCCGGAAUGCUUCGAGGAAUACUGCAUAUGUCCCUGGGGAUACGAUUAUGAAGAAGUAGAGGAAAUUUGCAUUCCCCAAGAAGGAUACGAACUCGAGACGAAAGGUCCUUCCGGAUCCCACUUAUCAUGCAACGUGGUGAAUAGGUGCCACCCUUAUGCAUCAUGCGUCUACGACACAAUUAAUUCAGAGUACGCCUGUCAGUGCAAUUCCGAUUACGAUGGUGAUGGAAUCGAGUGUACGAAGCGAGAAAUCUCCUGUCAAGAUGUCGACAUUUGCGACCCCAAUGCCUCCUGCCGAAACGACGAUACUUUCGCCCGAUGUGUCUGCAAUCCAGGAUUCAAGGGAGAUGGAUCCGAAUGCAAACCGAUUGAUGAUUGCGAUGAUCAUACGGAUUGCGGAAGCAACGAAAGGUGUCAAUACAAUCCUGCAAUUUCUCGAUACGAAUGUUCCUGCGUACCAGGAUACAGCAAAGUUGACUCUCAAUGUGUCUUAUCAGAUUGCUCAACAAAUCCAUCUCUUUGCCACGUGAAUGCCCAAUGUGCAACUUCCAACGAAGGUGGUUUUAAAUGUGUCUGUGUGAGUGGAUAUCGUGGGGAUGGUAUCAAUCAAUGUCUCGAAGAACACAUUGGAUGCAAUGUGGUCAAUAAUUGUGGAAGAAAUUCUGUUUGUGGAUUCAAUCAGACUUCUUCCAAAUACACCUGCGUUUGCCAACCGGGCUUCUACGGUGAUGGGUUUACCUGCUUGCCCCAAUCUUCCUGUAAACGGGAUCCAGGAAUCUGUUCUCAAUUCUCAACCUGCGUUUCCGCAGGAAAUAAUCAAUUCACUUGUGCAUGUAAUGAUGGUUACACUGGCGAUGGAACAAAUUGCAGACCAACCCCAUCACAUGAGGCAAAUUUCUUGUUGGUAAAUCAAGGAAUGGCAAUUCACAGAAUUCCAUUUUUCCCAUCUCGGGACAGACCUGGAAGUCCGAUUGUUGUCGAAUACGAACAAAUGACUAUUGCGAUUGACAUCGACUGUACACGUGGAAAAGCAUACACCAGUGACGUCAAUGGUAACAGAAUUGUUUCAUUAAAUUAUAAUGGAACGAAAUUGGAAUCUUUCAUUACUGGAGUUGCCAGUCCUGAAGGAAUUGCGAUAGAUUGGGUUUCAAGAAAUUUAUUUUGGGCAGACUCUGGAAAAAGUACUGUUGAAGUUGUCAAUUUGGAAACGAAAAAGAGAAAAGUUUUAAUUAAAACAGGUUUAGUAAAUCCUAGGGGAAUCGCUGUCCAUCCUUACCGUGGAAAAAUUUUCUGGUCUGACUGGAACCGUCAGGCACCAAAACUCGAAUGGGCAAAUGAAGACGGAACAGGUCGUCAAAUAUUCAUUCAGGGAGAGAACGUCAAAGUACCGAAUGCAUUGGCCAUCGAUUGGGGCACAGAUGAAUUAUGUUGGGCUGACGCAGGAACAUUCACGAUAAGUUGUGCACAAAUUGAUACGAGAUAUGUGCACGUGGUUGCUGAAUCUUUGGUUUAUCCAUUCGGAGUCGCAAUAUCACAAAAUCACUAUUAUUGGACCGACUGGAAAACUCAUAAAAUAGAGGUGUCUUUGAAAAAUGCUGGCCAAAGGCGAGAGCCUUUGAAUAUUCCAGCUGGAGGAAGUGGAAAAUUAUACGGAAUCGUUGCCGUACCUGAAGCUUGUCCCAGAGUCUCCAACGUUUGCCAAUAUGAAAAUGGAAGAUGCAGUACAGAACAACUCUGUUUACCGGAUGGGCAAGGGGGAAGGUCGUGUGUUUGUGCAGACAAUGCAGUUGGUCCAUGCACAGAUUCCCGAUAUCAUCAAUCGUGAGAAAAAUCACAAAACCCAUCGAAUUAGGUUUAAGAGAAUCUCAAAAAAAAAAAAAAUACGUUGAACUUUAGACCUACCAACACAUAACAGAAAAAAAUAGUGGCGACCAUCCUACAGUAGAUAAUAAACCUACAUUAGAUAAUUAUUAACAAUACUAAUUCAUGUAAAAUAAAUAGUUUAAUUCAAUUAAUAAUUAAGACACUCAUUAUUUAAAAUUUUUAUUUUUUUUAAGCUAUAUGUGUGCCCUUAAUUAAUGAUUAUCCACUUUAGGUUCUCUAUCCACUGUAAAGUGAUCUCCCCUAUAUUCCAUCGACAUUAUUGCAGAAAAAUUGUCUGCCUUUUGCGAAAAGUAAUUAAACUAGUAUAGACUAAUUUCUAAAUAUUAUAAACUAAUUUUUUAGAAGUUUUAAUGGCAAUUGUUUCUAAUUUGUGUGUACAAUUUUAUUUUAUAUAGAAAUGAUGAAUCUGUGACAAUUAACGCAACUUUCGCGACAAACUAACUUCAUCGAUAUCGAAUAUAACUUAUAUGCGAUGUAACAUUAUUUCCAUUGUUGUUUUACAUAUUAUAGUAAUGUAAAUACAUUCCAAGUCCCAUAUAAUAUCAAUAUCUGGGGUGGCAUAAUAUUGCGCAAUAUACUCGACUGAGUACUCGCGCACUGCGGCCCUUUCGAGGCAAGAGUCGAAACCGUCUCUCGGCCUGUCCGAUGAGAAACUGCGUGGGCCAGCAGUUAUAGAAAUUGCAAUACCGGACUGGCUUAUAUGGGACCUGCAGUGUAUUUCCAAGUGUUAAGUCAUCAUCAGCAUUCUCGUUUUAAAUACGUUAAUUCUCUUUUAUAUUUUUAUUAACACCUGCACAUGCAGCCUCAGCGCCUUGUGCGUUAUUUAAUAAAUAAAAAUGAAAAACUGUAUAAAAA